AUGGAUCUCAAUACGGAGGACUCUGAGUACACCCAGGAGAGCGAUUUGGUGGGUCAGAACGCUUCUGUUAACGCGGAUAAUUAUUUGGCGCGUUCGGAUGGCUCUGAUAGCGGGAACGGGAAAAAAUAUAUCCUAAACUCCGACUUCAACCAGCCGUCUCCGGAACACAAGCAGGCCCCUAAAAGCUCCUGGAUGCCCGAGGUGCUUCAGGAAGAACAUUGGCCGGACACUAUUGACGAGAGCAGAGACCCCUAUUUGAGCAUUGGCGAGACCAACACGCUCAUUCGCCGAGAGGGAGGCGACGAAGCUGCGUGGAGAAAAUAUAGAGACGGCCAGUUCAAGCAGAAACUGCAGGAGCCGCCGGUUUUCACGGUUGAUAGCGAGCCACCGGCGGUGGAUACGUUUGGAAGAAGCACAGACCACUCGAUUUUGCCGGCUUCUCCUUUGAAACUGUUUGGCAAGCAGGAUACCUAUACCACAGAGAGAUUUAGAGAUAUGUUGAAGAAGAUCGAUGGUGAGGGCGCGGACGACCAUACAGAGGUGACUGCCGAGCUUGAGAAAUCUGCCUCGCACGCGUCGUUGCAGCUUUUGCUGCGAAACUCGGAGGAACUGUUCAACAAGCUUAAAAACCGCACCCAGCCAGCUAACAACGAGGAAGAGAGCGACUACACCGAGACCGACGAUGCGCAGUCUUCACGGUCAACAGAAUCGGCUGUGUUUGACUCUCCAACACCGUCGAGACCGGACGUGACAGCGUCUUUGGAGAUUUUAAAGCAGAAACUCGAUCUGAGUGUUAGUGACGAGGUGGAUAAAUCGAUGUCUAUCCCGCGAAUACGGGGAAAGGAAGACAAGCAUAUUGUUCCCGUGUCAUCAGAAUCGGCUAAUAGGCCGGGAAUCAAGUUCAUCUCCGGCGAAAACUACAAGGGAAAGGUGUACGACAAACGGUUGCAAAAAUUUGUUCCUGCGGACGAGUACACAGCCGACGGUGACGAGGACGCGUCGUUGGACGAGCUGAACGAGAUUUCGGAUUUUGACGAAAUGUCCUUCUUCCAGGCCAAGUCGCACCUCGUUGCCGCCAUCACAGAGCAAUAUCCGUCGCAGGACUGGCUCGAGGUUGAAAAACUGGAUGUUUCCGACAGAAAGCUCGACAAGCUGCGGGAUAUGGACAAGUUUGUGCCUCAUCUGCGUGUUUUGGAAGCCAACGACAACGAACUCACACAUAUCGACGGCGUUCCAAAGUCGCUUCAGAUCCUGAAAGCCAAUAACAACCUGUUCACCAGCAUGAGUAUGUUUAAUUUGAACAAUUUGCAGGUAUUGGAGCUCAGAAACUGUCAUUUGACCAACCUCCGCGGCCUCAAGCUCUACAAUCUGAAUUCGCUGGACGUCUCGUACAACGAAAUAGACACUUUACAAGGGCUGGAGAACUUCAAGAUGCUCCAGAGUCUAACAAUAGCAGGCAACAAUCUUCGCGGGACGGUGAAUUUCUCGUCUGUGGAACUGCUCGAGAAACUCGACGUUGAUGAGAACGCGAUUGUCCAACUCACAGGACUCGACGAGCUUGCCCGAUUGACCGAACUGUCUGCCAACAGAAACCAAUUGACUAGUUUCCAUUGCACCAACAGCUCGUUGCGGAAACUGAGUCUCAACUUUAAUAAUAUUUCGGAGAUCGAUCUCCAAGGGAUGCCCGAGCUGCGCGUGUUCAAGAUCGACCGCAACCCUGUUAUCGAGCUCAAGAACGUUCCUACCAAAGUCGUGCAGAUCUCUGCCAAAUACCAUUCGCACGCAAUAGACGGAAUUCUGGUUUCCGGGCUGUACAAGCUACAAAAACUGAGUUUGAGUGGGAGUGUUUUCCCGUCCAAAGGUGCCAUGACAAACGUGACGGUGCUGAACCUGUCGGCUAUGGGUCUGGAAACGUUGCCCGACCUGGGCAAGUGGUUUCCGAUGUUGACGGAUCUGGACUUGAACUUCAACAAACUACAUUCUGUCAAGGGGAUCUCAACCCUGCACUAUCUUCGCGAACUCAAGCUGCUGAGCAACAGCAUCGAUGACCUAGGCACGCUGAUUCCGUACACGCGCGAAAUCCGGAAAACGUUGAAAUUGUUGGAUUUGCGGGUGAAUCCUGUCAACCGAGGUCUGUACCCGUACGUUUUUUACGACGACGAGCCGGAAGACGAGCCCGCUGCGGAGAUGACGCUUAAUUUGAAGGAAUGCGAGGAUAUUGAGGCCUUUUCCGUGGAAUACACAAAACUGUACGAAAAAGAAGCGAUGGAGAGCUGGACGGAGAAGAACGAAGGGUUUUUGCGCAAAGUUGCGCGGCCGCAGGCUGUUGCGCGGCAGCGGUACGAGAGCACCCUUAUUGCGUGGUUUGAAAACAUCAACUAUCUGGACGGGCUGUGGAUCAGCUACGAAAGACGGUUGGACGAACGGAAACGGAUUCGAGAAAUACGGGGUUUGUAG